UUCGGGAAGCCUAUGCGCCUGCGCCGCCCUGUCUCUGUGUGUAUGAGUGGCGCUGCUGCCUUGGGAUGGUGACUGUUUCGGGGGCUGUCAGUGAGUGGAGCCCUCCGUGCCGGUUGCGAUCAGGGGGUGGGUGAAGCCAGUGACAGGCCAAGAAGGCGAUAGGCAUCCCUGCCCCCACCCCUACCUGGAUCCCAGUCCCUGGAAGUUGGCUGUCCCGUAGGGAUUUGGCUGCACCUACACCUUCAGUGGGAAUGAUGAACAGGUUCAGAAAGUGGCUGUACAAACCCAAGAGGUCUGACCCGCAGCUUCUUGCACAAUUCUACUAUGCAGACGAAGAACUUAACCAAGUGGCUGCUGAGUUGGACAGCUUGGAUGGAAGGAAGGACCCCCAGAGGUGUACACUUCUAGUCAACCAGUUCCGAUCGUGCCAGGACAAUGUUUUAAAUAUCAUAAACCAGAUAAUGGAGGAAUGUAUUGCGCAUGAGCGAGCAAACAGGGAUUUCUGUGUGAAGUUUCCAGAAGAAAUUCGGCACGAUAACCUGGCGGGACAGCUCUGGUUUGGAGCCGAGUGUUUGGCUGCCGGCUCCAUCAUAAUGAAUCGUGAAAUAGAGAGUAUGGCUAUGAGACCUCUAGCCAAAGACUUAACCAGAAGCCUUGAAGAAGUGAGGAAUCUAAUCCGUGACCAGGCCCUGCGGGAUCUCAACAUUUACACGGAGAAAAUGAAAGAAUCCCUCCGACAUUUCGAUGUUCUGUUUGCGGAGUUUGAAUUAAGCUACGUCUCUGCCAUGGUACCUGUAAAGUCCCCAAAAGAAUAUUACGUACAGCAGGAAGUUAUUGUUCUUUUCUGUGAAACUGUAGAAAGAGCCUUAAAGCUUGGAUACCUCACACAAGAUAUGAUCGAUGAUUAUGAACCAGCAUUAAUGUUUACAAUCCCAAGACUUGCCAUUGUGUGUGGUCUUGUCGUUUACGCUGAAGGACCGCUCAACCUCGAACGCAAACCUGAAGACAUGUCUGAACUGUUUCGGCCUUUCCACACCCUGCUAAGGAAAAUAAGAGAUCUUCUCCAGACCUUAACAGAAGACGAAUUACAUACCCUAGAGCGAAACCUCUGCAUUUCACAAGAUGUGGAGUUUCCCGCCAAUGCAGAUCCUGAAGUGCCCUCAGCAAUCUCUCCUGUGUUAGUAACUGCCUUACCUACAGAGGAGCCGCCCAUGGCAAAAGCUGAGAACACAGAGGUGGAGCUGGCAUGCUCUAUGCAGUACGAUGAACAAGAACUGGAACAGCUGAAUAUGAUGGUUCAUAGAGUAGGGGAUGAGAUGUCUUCUUUACUUUCUCCACCAAGUGUCUACCAGUCUCCAGCUCACAGGGCUAACACUAGUAAUGAGGCUUCCCCUUGCAGGCGCGCCCUAGAUAAUCUAACGGACGAGGAGGAUAGGGUGUUUUUUAUGGAGGACCUUGAUGGAUCAGGGGAGGUUCUUGCAAGGUCUAGGCCUUCUGAGACUACAAUCUCAUGGGUCAACAACUCUUGUUACAACGCCAAGCAGCCAGCACUCUACCAAGACUCCGUUUUACAAAAUGGGGAUCUAGCAGAUGUUGUCUCCGUGAAAGAUGGGCAGAGGGAUAUAAGCAAUAACAACAACAUUGACGGGAGUAAAAUGCUGGCAGCCAGUGCAUCUCUCCAGAACUCUUGUAGUUGUUUAGAGGCUCCAGAAUCACAGUUAUACCUCAAUGGAUGGGAUACAAAUGGGGAAGAUGCAGAAACUGCAGAAAUCAUUGCCCACAGGACUGGGGGAAUGAAGAUCUCUGCAACUGUCAUCUUUAACCCAAAAUCCCUAACAAACUCUCCGGAAACAUCUCCCAACCUUGCCAGCAACCGCAUUCCUUCAUCUUCAGACCCACUGACCAGUAACGAAGAAGAUGAAUCCCACAAGCUUAGCAUAGCAGCUACAAACUGUUUAAUUAACUCUUGCGUAUGUUGUGGGAGCUGUGAAGACACCCGAGAGGAUAGCUUAGAAGGGUUAAGAAAUGUACCCUCUUCAGGGAAAGUUAUAAAUGCUUCCUACAGCUUAAUAAAGUCCAAGGAAUUGGGCCACCUCGACAGAUCAGACUGUACAGUGUCUGCCAAAGAGCUGUUAAAAAUGGACAGUCCGACUGUUUUGUUAGCGGAAAAAGAGACAACAAGACAGGAGCAACCGUAUCCUAACUCAUCCAAGUGCCUGCCACUCAACUCAGGUUCCCAGAUAGAAAUGGACAGUGAAUCUGAUGAGCCUCUGACUGCCUCACGCGAUCAGUUGAGAAGUGAGUCAAACAGACAAGAAACCGGCAACAAAGAGAGACCUUCAGAAGAAGUAGAGGAGCCACCUUCCGACAGGGCCUCGGCAGAUAAUAUAACAUCUAGUUCCAGCUCUUGCUCAUCAGACGACAUUGAUCAGGAGGAGAUUCAGUUGGCGCUGCAGGCUGCAAAGAUUGCUUCCAGACAGAAGAUCCGAUCCCGUUUCCACAGCAGUAAUGACCUCAUUCACCGGCUCUUUGUCUGCAUCUCAGGUGUCGCUGAUCAGUUGCAGACAAACUACGCCAGUGACCUAAGGAGCAUCCUGAAGACUUUGUUUGAGGUGAUGGCCACGAAGCAAGAGACUGAUGACAAGGGCAAGCAAAAGAAAGCCAACCAGGGGCUUAGAAGCGCGGCUCUAGAAGAUUGCGCCCUGUGCCAGGAAACCAUCACUUCUUCGGAGCUGGCAGCAAAGGCCCGGGAUGGGGAAUUUGAAGAUCCCCCUGAUUGGGUGCCGGAUGAAGUGUGCAGUUUAUGCACGGCCUGCAAAGCCCCCUUCACAGUCAUUCGCAGGAAACACCACUGCCGAAGCUGUGGCAAGAUCUUCUGCUCUCGCUGCUCUUCCCAUUCCGCCCCUUUGCCGCGGUACGGACAGAUGAAGCCUGUGCGCGUCUGCACCCACUGCUACAUGUUCCAUGUCACCCCCUUCUACAGCGACAGGGCGGGCAUGUGACGGCGACACUGGGAGGAACUGACUGGUAACUGGCACCCAACCCCAGGCCAAGAAGCCCUCUGGGUAGAGGAGCCGGUGGCACCGCGCAGGAGGCGCAGGCUUUAACCCAAACGCUUCUCCUGAUUUGUACAGAGUUCUGAUUGCAUUUUCUAAAGCUGCUAAAGGAAAAAAAGAUGAAACGUCUGCAGAUCCCGUCUUUGGUUCAGUCUUCCAAACAGUCCCGCUUUAAGCUUACCGAUGCCAUUGACUCCUAGAGACCCGCUCCCGGCGAGGAAUAGGGCUAUGAGCGUCUCGCUGCACCACGGCUUUACCUAAACUGCCGGAGACUCAAUGAUUGUAGCAUCUCUCUGGGCCAUAUCCUACCCUGGCACCUAGGCGCCAUAUCAGCCGCCAUUCCCUGUUCUAUCAUAUCAUUCUCACUGGGGGGGGGGGGCGGAAACAGACCCAACAGAACCGCAGAAAUAAGUUGCCCUGCUGCAGGUGUAGGGGGACCGGUAUAGAGGUUGGAAGCCAAAUGCACGCGCUUGCCAUGCAAAGAGCAUUUACCUUAUUACCUAAUUCAUAGCAAUAAUGUUAUACACCAUCAUUUAUUAAAAGGUCUAAGUCCAUAUAAACAGGGCGCCUAUAGGAAUCAGCAAACACCUUGACCUCAGAGACCCCAUAUCCUCCCUAUGUGUUGCCCUCUCCCAUCCACUUAUACCAUGUGACACAGUAUUCAUACGGGAUUGGGUUACACAAUUGCAUUCCUAGGGGGGAAGUCACAGGAGGAUGUUGCGCGGCACAUUCCAUUUUAAUUCUGUUUAUGUGAUGUGUUUAUUUAUGAAGGGUCAGCCAUGUCCCCAGCACUGUUAUAAACAUGUGACAUAAGCCUCAGGGGCGGAUAGGGGUCUCUGUGGAUCAGCAGUGGGUUUUCCAUAGGGAAUGCUGGGUAGGGAAUAGGGAAUGGUAUAAUGUCCCCAUUUACCCACGUUUGAUAGAGGAAUAAAUCCCCCUGGGCAGUGAGUGUAUUACUGUACUAGCAUUUAUUAUACCCUGGGGAAAACUGGAAUCAUUUAUAACAUGAAUCUGAGUUGUAAAAGGCAAGAAAAUUCAUAGUCACUAAUAUGAUUCUUAAUGGCAUAGUGUCGCCGUACCCCUCCCACGGUACAGCAGCCAAUCACAACUAAAGCUACUGCCCUUAUUCCCCCCAGCAGCCUGUAUUCCAUGUCAGGGGGCCCUACAGCCCCCGCUGGGCAAUAUCACUUGCUCACAUUGCACAUUCCUGUUGUACAUGUACUUUUCUUUUGUUGGGUGGGGUUAAUCCUGGAUACACUGGAUUUCAUCAUA